GACGUUCUGUGCGUCACGUCCGGUGUUUACGUGUGAGCGCGGGAGUUUGUGGAGCGGAGCCGGAGCCGUAAGAGCCUCAAAAACUCAACAAAAAAUCAACAAAAACUCACGAAAUCUACAGAAAACACGGAGUAAAGUCACGCCAGGGUCAGAGUUGAUCGUGUUUCAGCGCGGAUUGGCGGUUUUGGUGAAGAUGCCGUGUGAGAAGAAGCCGAUGCGUUAUGGACACUCUGAGGGCCACACUGAGGUCUGCUUCGACCACACGGGCGGGUUCAUCGUGACGUGUGGAAGCGACGGAGACGUUCGGAUCUGGGAGGGUUUGGACGACGACGACCCGCGAUUCAUCACCGUGGGGGAGAAGGCCUACUCCCUCAGCCUGAAGGGCGGGCGUUUGGCGACGGCGAGCUCCAGUAACGCGGUGCAGCUCCACACGUUUCCGGAGGGAGAACCCGACGGGAUCCUGACGCGCUUCACCACCAACGCCACCCACGUCACCUUCAACGCCGCCGGCACCAGAGUCGCCGCCGGGUCCAGAAAAGCGUCGUCCAGCUGCGACGGCUCCGUGGUCGUGUGGGACAUCGAGGAGCAGCGUCAGGUGACCCGCUGGAACCUGCUGCACAAAUCCAACGACGUGUCCAACGCCAAGUCUCUGUGCCGCCUGGAGUUUCAGCCCGGCGCCGGGAAAUUUUUGGCCGUUCCGGUUGAAGACAAAGUUCACCUGUACGAGAGGGACACCUGGAGUCAUGUGACCACUUUGACCGAUGACAUCAUCACUCAGCCGGUGAACGUGGUGAGCUGGUCUCCGUGUGGUAAACGUUUGGCGGCGGCGUCUGUGGGCGGAGCCAUCGUGAUCUGGGACGUCGGCUCCAAACUUUGUCUCGAGAGACAGAAGCAUGAGAAGGGUUUCAGUGUUUGUUCUGUGGCCUGGAGUCCGUCUGGAGCUCAGCUCGUUUACACCGACACAGAGGGAUGUGUGGGGCUCCUGGACGGAGUGUGUCAGGGGCCCCAGGGACACAGCAAGCCCUCGGAGUCGACCGCGGGGCGGGACUUUGACGACCUGUUCGACGGAGACGAGGACGGGCCGAUGGACGAGGGCGAGUCUCCGCGGCGACCGCAGGCCGACGACGACGACAUCAUCACGCCGACCGGACGCGUCAGGAACAGAGCGGCUUUCCUCGAAGACGACAACUCCCUGGACACUGGUUCUCUGAAACUCGGGGGACAGAAGUUUCCUGAUGAUGACGACGACGGGGGCAGUUCUAUAGCACCUCCUGCUGGUCCGCCCGUGUCCCUGCGGCCCGUGUACGAGGGUCCCAUGCCCACGCCUCCUCAGAGAGCGUUUCAGCCCGGCUCCACCCCCGCCCACCUCACACACAGAUUCAUGAUGUGGAAUUCCGUGGGGAUCGUGCGCGGAUACAACGAUGAGCCGGAAAACGCCAUCGACGUAGAAUUCCACGACUCGGCGGUGCACCACGGCAUGCACCUGUCCAACGCCCUCGGGCACGCCAUCGCCGACAUCUCCCAGGAGGCCGUGCUGCUCGCCUGCCCCAGCACCGACCAGCUCGCCAGUAAGCUGUUGUGCGUGCACUUCUCGUCGUGGGACACCCAUAAGGAGUGGGUGGUGGACCUGCCUCGCGGCGAGGACGCCCGGGCGCUGUGUUUGGGGCGGGGCUUCGUUGCCGUGGCGACCUCGGCCCUGCUGCUGCGCCUCUUCACCAUCGGGGGGCUCCAGAGAGAAGUGUUCAGUCUGAGCGGCAACGUGGUGUGUGUGAGCGCCCACGGACAGCAGCUGUGUGUGGUCUACCACCGAGGUACGGGGUUUGACGGGGACCAGGCUCUGGGGGUGCAGCUUCUGUCUCUGUCCCAGAAGAAGAGACUGAUCCUGGACCAGCCUCUGCCCCUGAGCCCCCGCUCCACCCUCAGCUGGAUGGGCUUCACCGCAGAAGGAACGCCGUGCUCCGUGGACUCGGAGGGCGUGGUCCGGAUGCUGAACCGCUCUUUGGGAAACACCUGGACUCCGGUCUGUAACACCAGAGACACCUGCAAGAGCAAAUCGGACCACUACUGGGUCAUAGGAGUCCACGAAGAGCAGUUCUGGAGGUCGGUUCUUCUCCAUCAUCACUUCGGGUUCCUGUCGUCGAGCGGAUUCGAGGUCGACCACGAGGCUCAGAGCCAAAGUCUGAGGGAACAACAGGAGCUGCUCAUGAAGAUGUUCGCAUUGUCGUGUAAGCUGGACCGUGAGUUCCGCUGCGUGGAGCUCGCUCAGAUGAUGACCCAGAACGUCGUGACUCUGGCCAUAAAAUACGCGUCUCGCAGCGGAAAGAUGAGACUGGCCCAGAGGCUGAGCGAGAUCGCCCUGGAGAAGACCCGAGACGACGAAGACGACGAGGAGGACAGGGAGGAAGAGGAGGAGGAGGAAGAGACCAGGUUCAGUCGCAGUGAAGUGUCUCGAAAAAACAGACGCCAAACUGAAGAAGAGGAGGAGGAAGAGGAAGCAGAGGAACCACAGCACAAGAGACGAAUGAAUCCGUUUGCCAAAGACGCCGCUGCUUCUCCAGAGAAAACUGUUCUCAAACCAGUGGCAGUGUCCAGAGGCGCUCGCUCCAAUCCCUUCAAGGUGUCCUCCGGGGGCGCCGCCGCCGCCGCCGCUCAGCCGCGCGUCGCCAACAUCCUGGACAACAUCCCAAACAGGAAGUCCACUCCACCCACUUCCUCCUCCAGCAAAACCAGGAAGAGCCCGGUCCUCAAACCACUGGCCCCGAAACCCAAGAGCAAGACUCAGUCCACUCUGCUCCAGUUGAACUCCAAGACAAACACCAAGAGACCAGAACCUGAGGAGACACCAGAGGAACCCAGAACCAAGGAACCAGACCCAGCUCCUCCAUCUCCAGAGAGCACAGAGAACAGGAGGCCUCAGACUGGGUUCCAGCUCUGGUUGGAAAAUCACAGAAAAAACAUUUUGGCUGAAAAUCCGAGUCUGGACGAGACAGAAGUGAUUAAAGAAGCAAUGGGACGAUUCAGGAACCUGACGCCCGAACAGAGACUGUCGUGGGCGGAGCGAGCGAAGACCCCGAGCGCCAAAACCUCGACCGCAGACGACCCCAAGAAAAGGAAACGACCCGAGGAGGAAGGAGACGAGGCAGGAGGCGAGGAGACGAACAAGGAAACGAACAAGGAGACGAACGCCAAGAAAACCAAAACUGUGGGCGCGGCCGAGAAACUGUCCGCCUUCGCCUUCAACUGACCAGAGGUUUACUCCACAAAUGUUCCAAUGUUCUAAUGUUCUGAGCUCUGAUUUAUAAUAAAGAUUUGUGUUUCUGCA